ACUGGUGGAGCUCUGAAACAUGACAACCGACCCAAACCCUAAAAAUGACGGAAAUCGGGAGGAGGCCUCAUUGAAGGUCCCUUCCAAAGACCCUAAGAAGAAAAAGGAUGAGAAGAAGGAGGAAGAUCUUUCAGAUGAAGAUUUAGCCUUAAAGCAGCAGUUGGAGCUCUAUGUUGAGAGAGUUCAAGAUCCUGACCCGGGCUUGCAGAAAGUCGCCCUCGAGAGUAUGAGGCAGGAGAUCCGAACAUCUACAAGUUCCAUGACUUCGGUUCCGAAGCCAUUAAAGUUUCUUCGUCCCCACUAUGGAACCUUAAAAGCAUAUUACGAAACAAUGAACGAUUCUCCUGAGAAAAAAUUCCUCGCAGACAUACUUUCAGUUUUGGCCUUGACUAUGUCUGCUGAAGGAGAACGGGAGAGUUUAAAGUACAGGUUGUCAGGUUCAGUUGGAGAUAUCGGGUCAUGGGGUCAUGAGUAUGUAAGGAAUCUUGCUGGAGAAAUUGCACAAGAGUUUGCAAAGAGACAGAUGGAAGAGGCGCUGGUAGAUGAUCUGAUGGAACUUGUGACUCAAAUUGUUGUUUUUCAUUUGAAGCAUAAUGCUGAACCUGAAGCUGUCGAUCUGCUGAUGGAGGUUGAAGACCUUGAUACUUUAGUUGAACAUGUUGAUGCUACCAACUACAAAAGGACAUGCUUGUACCUUACAAGUUCUGCUAGCUAUCUUCCUGGACCAGAUGAUAUGUUAGUGCUCGAUAUAGCAUAUAUGAUUUAUUUCAAGUUUGAAGAGUACCCAAGUGCACUUCGAAUUGCACUCUACCUCGAUAACAUGCAGUAUGUAAAGCAAGUGUUUACAUCUUGUGAUGAUCCACUCCACCGGAAACAAUUCUGUUACAUUAUUGCUCGACAUGGUGUUACAUUCGAAAUUGAUGAGGAGAUAACUGCAGAUGAAGAUGAGAGGGAGGUAUUGCAGGAAAUUAUCUAUAACACCAAGCUAACUGAAGGUUAUCUUACUCUUGCCCGUGAUAUAGAGGUGAUGGAGCCAAAAUCUCCAGAAGAUAUCUAUAAGGUGCACUUGAUUGAUGGCCGGGCAAGUGCUGGUGCAAGUGUCGACUCCGCCAGGCAGAACUUAGCUGCUACAUUUGUUAAUGCAUUUGUUAAUGCGGGAUUUGGUCAGGAUAAGUUGAUGACUGUCCCUUCAGAAGCUUCAAGUGGUGGUUCUACUGGAAGCUGGCUAUUCAAGAAUAAGGAACAUGGGAAAGCCAGUGCUGCUGCAAGUCUGGGUAUGAUUCUGUUAUGGGAUGUUGAUUCAGGACUCGCACAAAUCGAUAAAUAUUUCCACAGCAAUGACAACCAUGUCAUUGCAGGUGCGUUAUUAGGAGUUGGGAUUGUCAACUGCGGUAUCAAGAAUGACUGUGAUCCUGCAUUGGCACUUUUGGGUGAUUACAUUGAUAAAGAAGAUUCAACUGUCCGAAUUGGUGCAAUUAUGGGCCUUGGCCUUGCUUAUGCAGGUGCCCAGAAUGAGCAGAUACGGAAGAAACUAUCUCCGAUUUUGGGAGAUGCAAAAGCUCCUCUUGAUGUGAUUGCCUUUACUGCAAUCUCUCUGGGCUUGAUCUAUGUGGGUUCAUGCAAUGAGGAGGUUGCCCAGGCCAUAAUCUUUGCCUUGAUGGAUCGGAGCGACUCAGAACUGGGGGAGCCCCUUACUCGGCUUCUGCCUCUAGGCCUUGGUCUUCUAUACCUUGGGAAGCAGGAAAGUGUUGAGGCCACUUCCGAAGUUUCCAAAACUUUUAACGAGAAGAUCAGGAAAUAUUGUGAUAUGACACUGCUAUCUUGUGCCUAUGCCGGAACAGGAAAUGUGCUCAAGGUACAACAACUUUUGGGGCAGUGUGCUCAGCAUCUUGAAAAGGGUGAGAUCCACCAGGGACCUGCUGUUCUUGGGAUUGCUAUGGUAGCAAUGGCUGAAGAGCUGGGUCUUGAGAUGGCUAUUCGAUCAUUAGAGCAUUUGCUGCAGUAUGGAGAGCAGAAUAUCCGUCGGGCAGUACCUUUGGCUCUUGGUCUUCUAUGCAUUUCCAACCCAAAGGUCAAUGUUAUGGACACAUUAAGCAGACUCAGCCAUGACACAGAUUCAGAAGUAGCAAUGGCUGCCAUCAUCUCCUUAGGUUUGAUAGGUGCUGGUACCAACAACGCUCGAAUAGCAGGCAUGCUUCGGAAUCUUUCAAGCUAUUAUUACAAAGAAGCCAGUCUCCUCUUCUGUGUGCGAAUAGCUCAAGGCCUUGUGCAUCUGGGGAAGGGUUUGCUAACUCUGGCUCCAUACCAUUCUGAUCGGUUCCUGUUGUCACCGGCGGCUCUCGCUGGAUUAGUUACCUUUUUGCAUGCCUGUCUGGACAUGAAAUCAAUCAUCUUAGGAAAAUAUCACUAUGUUCUUUACUUCCUUGUAUUGGCAAUGCAGCCUCGAAUGUUAAUGACUGUGGAUGAGAACUUGAAAGCUCUGUCAGUGCCUGUUCGGGUGGGUCAAGCAGUAGAUGUGGUCGGCCAAGCUGGUCGGCCCAAGACCAUAACUGGAUUCCAAACACACUCAACGCCUGUCCUAUUGGCUGCUGGUGAUAGAGCCGAACUGGCGACUGAGAAAUACAUUCCACUUUCCCCCAUCCUGGAGGGCUUUGUCAUAUUGAGAGAAAACCCAGAAUAUCGGGAGGAUCGUUAGGCCUGAUAUGUAGCAACACAGACUACAAAUUUCCCAAGAUCCAAGAGUAAGUCCCACCUUGUGAAUGGGCCUGGCUGCCAUGCAUGAUUGUUAAGAGGUUAGUGGUGGUGCCUAUUUGUGAAACUGGCAAACUCCUUUGAGAAGGGUUUUCAACAGGCCAUUUGUUGAACUUUAGGGGGGUUGCAAACAAGUGCGAAGUCUCCCUGUGUAAACAACGGUUAUUUAUUUGUUUUUAUGCCUUGAAAAAUAUUUCUUGUUCUUGAAAAGGGGAAGGGAAAGGGGAUUGGUCGUAUGUAAAACUAGAGAACUUUUGAGUUC